UAUGAACUAAUGAACUUACAUUCAAAAACAUGAUUUGAAUCUAUGAAUGAAGUCAAUGAGGUCAAUUACAAAUGUUUUCCUGGACUGUCCAUAUGACAUUGAUGGAAGUGUGUGGUUUGAAUGAGAAGAGUUUUACACGUACACUGACUCAAUUUAAUUCAUGAAAAGGGACAAACGCGUCCACUAUGGAUCAACACAAUGCCUAUAAUACUACAGCCAAUAUUGCCCCCGAUAUAGCGAAGAUCAUAUUUGAUGUCAUACAACAGUACUAUGGACUCUUUAUGCUGUUUAUUCUAUUUGUUGUAUGCCCAUUUACAUGUUUUCUUACGGAAAAAUGUAGACAAUGUGUGGCCCCAAGCAAGUUUAGAAAGAAAACUAAAAUGAACUCUGGGGAAGGAGAUAAAAAUAAGUCCCAGAGUGGAUUUAAAAGAUACUGUGACCAUAUAAUGAUGUUGAUGUAUCAUAUUGCGACCAGGAACACAAAAGUUGGACCACCAUCUAGUGAUUUUCAAAUAGCUCAGGAAAAUCUCAUUGAAAACCUCCCACAAGGACUGAGAACCCCUUCAAAAGAUGAAAACAACAAUAGUACAUGUAGUAGUGAUGCCCAUGAUCAAAAUAACAAGGAAAAUGUAGAAACCCCACGCAAGAUAUCCCCAACUCAUGUCAUCAAAGGUAUUGAUGACAAUAAAAUGUUAAAGCAGCCAAAGGAGCUUGAUAAAAAAAAUGUGUUUAAUGACCAGAUUAAAAAAUCAAUGUAUCAUAUUGAAAAGAGAAUUAAUAAUACAGAGGAUAAGGUUGCACAUGUUCAGAUAAUUGUGUUGCCAAAGAUCACUGUUACGUAUGCCCAUACCAAAGAUUUGGAUUCUUCAAAUGACAGUGUGUUUCUACCUUGAAAUAUAUAAUAGGAUAGGUCAAAUAGCAUGAGUUAACUGACUAGUAAACUUGAGCCUGUUGCAUGUACCAGGUUUAGAGGAUGAUAAAAUGUACAGGUCCAAAUGCUGAGUUCCAAUGAGAAAUGUUAAAAUACGAUUGAAGUUUCAUCUGACUUAAUUAAUAAAAUUGUGGUAUAAAUCUAUUUAUCUUAAAAUCAUUUAUAACUAGCUCAAUUUUGAAG